AUGAUAAAUGAAAAACGUACGCAAGACAUUUCGGAUGAUGACUUCAGCGUAUUGGAUGAUGUACUUUGUCACACGGAUGGAGAUACAGAUGCUUCCGAGGAGUCAGUUGAUGUAACAGAUACGCAGGCAUCAGCAUUUUAUAAUCUCCUGAAAUACAGUCUACUGAUGUUUACUCUACCAUUCAUUGUAAUGUAUUAUUCCUACUUUUAUUUGAAAGAUCAGCAUGGAUGGACGCCGUCUUCAGCACUUACUUCUGCGGCUCUUGCUGCAGUCAUAGUGGUAUAUUUUGUUAUUGCUCUUUUUGUCCUUGUUGCAUACAAGGAAGAAAGAGGUAUGGAACAACGAGUUACGAAAAAGCGAAAUUAA